AUGGCGUAUGUCUCUGGGCAUCUUGCCUCGCUCAUGUCAUCACCAGAAGCGCUCGCUCAUAUUGGGCUCGCUUCCCAAAUCCAAGAAGCAAUGACGGACCCAACCUUCUCCCACAUCGUCGGUACCCAGACUCUCGGUUGCCGGGCCAGCGACAUUGCGAAACAAAUUAUGCUGCUCUUCUUAACCAUCAACAACUGCUUCAAAGUCAUGCCAGCCAGCAAGAACAAGCGGCCCAGACAUGAAUACAGUCGAAAUCCAUCUAUGACAGCAACUAUCAACAUGAUGCCUCAAGAUUUCCAAUUUCCGGACGCCCAUGUGAUAGUACAGGCUGACGUCAACAUCCUGGACGACCACAUUUCCUUGUAUAAAGGCAAGGCGUAUAAGGAGCUGAGACAACCAGUGAAAUCAUUGGGAGAUAUGGGUCGGUCAACCUAUGGUAUCGACUGGAAAAAGUUCAUCUGGACAUGUAAGAGAGAAUGCCCGCAGCCCGACCCGAAAGUUGACUAUCUCUGGAAGCCUGGACAAGCUGAUGUUAUCAGAGGCCCCAUCUACUCUGACAUAAACAAAAGUAUCGUUUGCAUCCCCGAAGAGAACGUCCAAAGCGAUAUCAAUGAGGCCUCUGUCAUGCGAUUGCCGUCUGGAAAGAAGGCCUCCCAGUGCGUAUUCAUUCAAGAGUAUACUAUCCGUCAGUUAGCAGAGGAAAUUCGAGGCAAGAUGCACUUCAUCAUUUUCGAAGGCACAGCACGGUCGUCCGCGAUCAAGGUCUAG